AUGAAAGGUUGGCUCCGGACACUCGGCCUAACGGCCAUGCUUGCGGGCUCCGUGCUUGCGAAUGAUGUGGAAAUUAAAUCUGACGAAGCGCACCGACAACGAUGCUCAGGGAUGUACAGUCGGAAGGCUUGGGGCGGCAACGUCGACCCCUUUCUCUUGGUCAAGUUCUCGAAAGCCGAGAACUUGGAGGGGGACCCUCUCGCCAGUUUGGUGAUCUUUGAAUGGAAUGAUGAAGAAUUGAUCGGCCAGUACCGAUCUGCCGAUGCUGAGAUGAAAGAUACCAUUUGUGACGAGGCAGCCGUGGAUGCGAAGCUGUGCGCACAAGAAGAUGUCGGCUCCUUCAUUCUUACCAAAAACGCCACCGAGGCCUCCCAAAGCCCGAUUAUCUCCAAGGCCGUUCAUCUGAACAAUCCAGAUGCUAUCAAGUACCCAGUGCACAAGACUGGUUUCUACUGUGUGAGCACCUACGCAUACUCUGGGGAGGACUAUAACGCGGUGAUUACUUUCCGUAACUCAUACGGAGAGCUUCCUGCGGCGCAAAUCGCUAAGCUACCGUUCUACGGGGCUUUGACAAUCGUCUACGCUGUGGUUGGAAUGUUCUGGGCGUUCCUAUAUGUUCAAAACCGCCAUGAUAUUUUGCCUGUCCAAAACUACAUUACCGCAAUCCUUGUCUUCUUGAUUGUCGAGCAACUGAUGACCUGGGGCUUCUAUGACUACCAAAACCGACAUGGAUUGAAUACUAUGGCCAAGGCGUUGAUGGUUAUUGUUGCUAUUCUCAAUGCUGGCCGAAAUGCCUUCUCAUUCUUCCUCCUUCUCAUUGUCUGCAUGGGUUAUGGUGUCGUCAAGCCUUCUCUGGGCCGUACCAUGGUCUAUGUCCGCAUCUUGGCCUUUGCACAUUUCAUCUUUGCCAUGGUCUAUUCGAUCGCCAGUUUGUCCAUUACCCCCGAAGGAGCUGGCCCACUGGUUCUCCUGAUCGUUCUGCCCCUGGCCGGUACAUUGACGGCUUUCUAUGUGUGGACCUUGAACUCGCUCAACGCCACCAUGAAGGACCUCAUCGAUCGUAAGCAGAAGACUAAGGCGCUGAUGUACAAGAAGCUGUGGUGGUGCAUCCUUGGUAGCAUUGUCGUGAUUUUCGGCUUCUUUUUCAUCAACUCCUUUGCCUUUGCUGGUCGCAGCGAUGCCAGCUUCGUUCCCGAACAUUGGAAGACGCGAUGGUUCGUGCUGGAUGGCUGGCUCAACCUGGUCUACCUGUUCGAUAUUGCCUUUGUGGCUUACCUCUGGCGACCAACUGUGAACAACCGGCGCUUCGCCAUGAGUGAUGAGCUCGCCCAAGAUGACGACGGUUUCGAGAUUCGCUCAUUCGGCAGUGGCCUUGACGAGGAAGAUCCUUUGGAAGCUCCUCCCGAGUAUCCUGGCAGCUCCGCUGCGAUUGGCCGUCGCGACUUGUCGCCCGUGCCGCCCAAGCCUGUCUCGGCACCAAACCAGCGCGCCUCCCUCGACGAGGAGACUAUCUUUGCCGUUGGUGAGGAUGGAGACAAAUGGUCGGAUGAGGACGAAUCUCCUCGUAACUCCAGCGAAAGACAAAGACUGACCCAUUAG